AUGAUUUCUGCCUUGUUUGUGUGGAAGAUUCUCAUCAUUCCUGUAGUGGUGGUGCGAACCAUCCUUCAGUUUUAUACAAAAGGUACAAUCUUUUCUAGAACAAAUGUUGAGUUUGCAGAUUCUCUUUGGAAAAAUAUCGUAAUAUCAGUUGAGCAGCAAUUCGUGUCCUCUUAUACUAAGGGCGAUCUUACUUUCUUUGUUAACAAAAAGUUUCCUGAGAUACUUGACUAUUACAAAGCAGGUCAUAUUGCUCUUGGACAUAAUCUUAGGAAAUAUGGGGAAAGGUUCACAUCAGAGAGUUAUUGGUUCGUUAGAUCUGAGUAUGAAGAUAACGAAAGCGCUAAGGAGCAUGUAUUAAUGUAUUUUCAUGGAGGGGGCUACGCGGUUAGCAUGUUUGACUCUCACUUACUUGGGAUUUUGGCGCUAUAUGAGAGUCUUCCUAAAGAAAUCCAACAAAAGUUAUCAAUUUUGAUUGUCGACUACUCACUUACUGUUGAUGGUUAUAGGUAUCCUACUCAGAUAAUUGAAGCAUUAGAUGCUUACUGUGCUUUAAUUGAGGAUGGAGUUAAAAAUGUGAGCUUCAUAGGAGAUUCUGCUGGCGCAAAUUUGGCCCUCGCUUUAAGUAGGGUCUUAGCAUAUCCAGAUGAGGCGCUUUCUCACUUGAGCAAAUUUUCAUUACUUGACUUAAAGUUUUCCCAUUUGCCCCAACCAAAGCUCAAUAUCUUGAUAUCACCUUGGGUGGAACCCACUUUCCAACCGAAACUUCCUUCAAAAUAUGACGCAAUAGAUGUUAAGGGUGAUUUAUGCUCAACUAAAACUACAUUAGGUGACUGGUAUGUAGAAAAAAUCUAUAUAGAUGAUGCUCAUGAAUGGAUAAAUUUCACUCAAACAUCUUUUCAUGAACAUUGGAACAAGGUUGAUUCUAUAAGAGAGAAAAAUAAGACAUUGGUGCUUUGUGGAGAACGCGAAAUACUUAGAGAAGGAAUCGAAGAUUGGUUAGAUCUUGUCGAUGGAAAUAGAGAGAACAUCUGUUUCGUUUUAGAGAAAGGCGGAAUCCAUGAUUGUUUAUUCUGUGUUGAAAGUUUGGAUUUUUUAAGUAAAGAUGGUAUGAAAAGAGCUCUUGCAGGGAAAACGGAGACCAAGUUCUGUUUCAACGAGGUUCGUGAAUUUUUAAUAAGUGGAUUAAGUGACAGAUCGAUAUCUGAAGUUUAG